AUGGCGUACUUGAGCAUGGGUGAAGCCCAUAGAAGAAUCACCGAAUAUCUUAACCGUUUCUCCGACGCCGUUACUUACCAAAACGGCGUUUCCUUCAAAUCUCUCUUCGCUCUUUCCUCCAAUUCCCACUUUCUUCUCUCUCUCGCCGACGCUAUCGCCCUCUUCAAUGACGCCAAUCGACUCAUCAAUCAGAACGAUAACUACUCUCAGUUCUCCGAUAUCAUCAUUCCCCUCUUCCGAUCACUACAACACUAUAAACAAUCCAAUUUCCUUGAAACUUAUAACGCUUUCGAGAAAACCGCCAAUGCGUUUGUUCAGGAGUUUCGUAAUUGGGAAUCGGCGUGGGCACUUGAAGCAUUGUUCGUCAUUGUUUACGAAAUUAGGGUUCUUGCCGAAAAGGCUGACAGACAAUUGGCUUCAAAUGGAAAAUCUCCUGAGAAGUUGAAAGGUGCUGGCUCUUUACUCAUGAAAGUUUUUGGAAUCCUUGCGGGAAAAGGCGCUAAGCGUGUUGGAGCAUUGUAUGUAACUUGUCAGUUAUUCAAGAUUUACUUUAAGCUUGGUACAGUUCAUCUUUGCCGCAGUGUUAUAAGAAGUAUCGAAACUGCGCGCAUAUUUGAUUUUGAGGAAUUUCCUAAAAGAGAUAAGGUCACUUACAUGUACUAUACUGGUCGUCUCGAAGUUUUCAAUGAAAAUUUCCCCGCUGCCGAUCAUAAAUUAUCAUAUGCCUUGAAGCAUUGCAACCCACAACAUGAAGCAAAUAUAAGGAUGAUUCUUAAAUAUCUGAUUCCAGUGAAGCUUUCAAUAGGCAUAUUACCCAAUCAUAGGCUCUUGGAGAAGUACAAUCUACUUGAGUACGGUAAUAUUGUACAAGCUCUAAAAAGGGGCGAUCCUCGACUUCUUCGACGUGCACUCCAAGAUCACGAGGACUGGUUCUUGAGAUCAGGUGUAUAUCUUGUCCUAGAAAAAAUAGAACUUCAAGUAUUCCAGAGAUUAGUAAAGAAGAUUUACAUAAUUCAAAAGCAGAGAGACCCGAGCAGAGCUCACCAGGUGAAGUUGGAAGUUAUUGUUAAAGCAUUGAAAUGGCUUGAAAUUGACAUGGAUGUGGAUGAGGUAGAGUGCAUAAUGGCCAUGCUCAUAUUCAAGAAUCUCGUGAAAGGUUACUUUGCCCAUAAAAGCAAAGUGGCUGUAUUGAGCAAGCAAGACCCUUUCCCCAAGUUAAAUGGAAAACCUGUCAGUUCAUAG